AUGAGGUUCUUUUACUUUGCGGUGCUGGCCUCGUCCGCGGCAGCACACCACUUGAUUUCCUCAAUGUCGGUAUCUGGUCGCUCUUUCGGCGAUGGAACUUGUCUCCGAGUUCCCCCGAACACUGACCCGCUGCUCUCUCUCACUGAUAAAUCGAUUGUCUGUAACAUUGGUGGUGAUAGGGCUGUUGGUAGAAUCUGUGAUGUUGAUGGUAUUUUGCCCUCUGCGUGCUCGCUUUCAAUGAUUACCUGUGUCUAACUUUAACAAAAAAAAAGCUGGCCAAGAAAUCACUUUCACCUGGAGAACCUGGCCAGACGGAAGCAGGAAUGAUCCCAUCGCUGAAUCCCACCAGGGCCCUUGUGCAGUCUAUAUGAAGCAAGUCAAUUCAUUCAGUGACUCCAUCGACGGUGAUGGGUGGUUUAAGAUUUGGCAUGAGGGUUAUGCGAAUGGGAUGUUUUGUGCCCAGCGAUUGAGAAGGAACGGAGGGGUGAUGACUGCUAGGGUACCUCGAGAUCUCGCUGCGUAUAUAGUCACCCUCUGAUAUUCAACAGGAAAUUGAUGUUGCAGAAUGCUAACAUAGGCUGCAGCGGCGAGUACGUGGUCCGUGGUGAAAUGCUCGCUCUCCACCAAGCAGUGAGCAUACCGUCAUCAAUAAAUUGGAGAACAAAGCUAAUAUACCCCCAAAGCAAAAUAUCGGCGGCGCUCAAUGGUACGUAACCUGUGGCCAACUGCACGUCUAUUCCACCGGCGGGGAUGCUAGGCCCCCGACUGUUUCCAUCCCCGGCUACACAACUCCUGACCACCCAGGCGUGCACUACAACAUGUGGGCCCAGCCACUUUCGCUCCCGUACCGCAUCCCCGGUCCGGAGCCAUACGUGCCCACAUCGGCGGGCGGCGGCCCUCGCCAGGGCCCAGUAAGGCCGCAACCUCCCUGUCCGGUGUCGAACGCAAACUGGUGCUCACGCCCCGUACCCGGAUUCUCCGAUGAGGUGGGAUGUUACCGCAGUUCAGCCGAUUGCUGGGCACAGUUGGACAUUUGCUACAAGGAGGCUCCCGUAACCGGGAACAAAGGGUGUAAAGUUUGGGAGAACACUUGUGAGAGGUACAAGGCUCAUUGUUUGAAGUGUGGAGCUGAACGCAAUUGUAAUGGGGGAUUCCCAGGGAGGAGGGUUAGGAGAUUUUCCAUGGACGAGAAGAAGUUGUGA